AUGGCUCAAGAAACAGAGGCGGAAUGGCGGCAACAGUUUGAGGCAAUGCAGGCCGCCAUUGCUGGCCUUAACCUACCAGGCUCCCUGCCCGUUCCUCUCGAGUCCGAAUUUGAGGACGCCGAUUUCGAGGGAUACUCAUCCGGCAAUAGUGGCCAGGACGUUUGGGAUUUUAUUUCCGACGAUGAAGCGGACAACUACAGCAGCGAUCUUUUCGAAAUCGAGGCCGCACCCUCAACUUCCGCGGGUUACGACGCUGCCUGGCUCUCAGCCAAGUGCGUCGCAAUUGCGUCCAAGAAUGGCCUCUCCGAGGACGUCUUUGAGGCGCAGAUUCUUAGCGCCAUCGGCUCCGGAAAGUCAGAUGAGGAGCUGCAGGUAGAGCUGACGGACCUUGUCGGCUUCGACGACCUCGACUUCAUCAUCGAGCUCCUCGCACACAAGGACGAGAUCAGCGCAUCGAGCGCGGCCACCGUCGCGGCCGCCGGCCAACUCACUGGCCGGCUGCUGACCAGGGCCGAGCGCGACGAGCAGCUGCGCCGCCAAGACUUUGAGCACAAGAACGCCGCGCUCGCGCCGAGCUUCUCGCGCGAGACGCAGUACCCGCAUGUCUACAAGGCGUACUCGGCCGGGAACACGCUCAGCUACGCGGGCAAGAAGUACGGCCUCCCGGCGGGCAGCGAGCGGAGGCAGUUUGACAAGUACGAGGAGCACUACAUCCCCGCCGGCGCCAAGGGCAAGCUGGGGCCCGACCAGAAGCUGGUCAAGAUUGAGGACCUGGACGGCCUCUGCCGAAACACGUUCAAGGGCUACAAGGCGCUCAAUCGUAUGCAGAGCCUCGUCUAUCCCGUCGGGUACAAGACCAGCGAGAACAUGCUCAUCUGCGCUCCCACCGGUGCGGGUAAGACGGAUGCUGCGAUGCUCACCAUCCUUCACACGAUUGGCCAGCACGUCUUCCCCAAUCCGAUGGAAGACACUGCCGCUACGGAAUUCGCCGUCAACCUGGAGGACUUCAAGAUUGUGUAUGUCGCGCCGAUGAAGGCACUCGCGGCAGAAGUCACCGAGAAGCUCGGAAAGCGUCUCGCAUGGCUCGGCAUCAAGUGUCGAGAGUACACCGGAGAUAUGCAGCUCACAAAGGCGGAAAUCAUUCAAACACAAAUCAUCGUCACGACUCCGGAGAAGUGGGAUGUUGUCACCAGAAAAGGCACUGGCGACACGGAGCUCGUCCAGAAAGUGCGGUUGCUGAUCAUAGACGAGGUUCAUAUGCUUCACGAUGAGCGUGGUGCGGUGUUGGAAUCUCUCGUCGCUCGUACCGAGCGGCAAGUCGAAAGCACUCAGUCCUUGAUCCGCAUUGUCGGUCUAAGUGCCACGCUGCCCAACUAUAUUGACGUUGCGGACUUUCUCAAAGUCAAUAAGUAUGCUGGCCUCUUCUACUUCGAUGCGUCUUUUAGACCUGUUCCUUUAGAGCAGCAUUUCAUCGGCGUCAAGGGAAAGGCGGGCAGCAAGCAAUCGAAAGAUAACCUGGACACUGUGGCCUUCGACAAGACCAAGGAGAUGCUCGAGGUUGACCACCAAGUCAUGGUAUUUGUACACUCUCGACGAGAUACCAUGGUCACCGCGCGUAUGCUGCACCAGAAAGCAGUCGAGUCGUUCUGUGUCGAUCUCUUUGACCCGUCGAACCACCCAAAAUACGAGCAAGCUGUAAGGGACAUGAAGUCUUCACGGUCCAAAGAUAUUCGCGAGCUUCUCUCUAAAGGCAUUGGUGUUCAUCACGCUGGCAUGGCACGAGCCGACCGAAAUCUGAUGGAGAGACUCUUCGCCGAGGGCGUGCUCAGAGUUCUCUGCUGUACGGCAACCCUCGCCUGGGGUGUCAACUUGCCGGCCGCUGCCGUUGUUAUAAAGGGCACGCAGGUCUACAGCGCCCAGGAUGGUAAAUUUGUCGAUCUUGGCAUCCUUGACGUCUUACAGAUCUUUGGUCGUGCAGGUCGUCCUCAGUUUGAAGACACUGGUAUCGGCAUGAUUUGCACCACCCAGGAUAAGCUGCAGCAUUACCUUACAGCUGUUACAGAACAGCAGCCCAUCGAGUCCAAGUUCUCGACAAAGCUGGUGGAUAAUCUCAAUGCCGAAAUUGCUCUGGGCACAGUCACGUCGAUUCCUGAUGCCGUGCAAUGGAUUGGUUAUUCCUACCUGUUCGUUCGCAUGCAAAGAAGUCCUAUUACUUACGGCAUUGAAUGGGCCGAAAUCCGAGAUGACCCAACUCUUGUACAAAGACGUCGACAGCUAGCAAUACAGGCUGCACGUACACUACAGCAGUGUCAGAUGAUCAUCUUCAACGAGACGACCGAGGAGCUACGAAGCAAGGACAUUGGCCGAAUUGCCAGUCAAUACUACAUUUUACAUGGCAGUAUCCAGGUUUUCAACGCCAUGAUGCAAGAGCAGGCGACCGAAGCAGAUAUUCUCAGGAUGAUCAGCAUGAGUGGGGAGUUUGACAAUGUCCAGUCCCGAGAUACUGAAGCAAAGGAGCUUACAAACCUCAAGGAUGAAGUUAUUCCUUGCGCUGUUGAGGGUGGUGUCGACACGCCGCAAGCAAAGACCAAUAUCCUUCUUCAGUCAUAUAUCUCGCGCUCGCAACCCGAGGACUUUGCGCUCUCAAACGACAUGAACUACGUCGCCCAGCAAUCUGGUCGGAUUUGCAGAGCACUCUUUAUGCUUGCGUUGAACCGGCGCUGGGGCCAUCAGUGCUUAGUGUUGCUGACACUUUCCAAGUCUAUUGAGAAGCGCAUCUGGCCCUUCCAGCACCCCUUGCAUCAGUUUGACUUGGCUAAGCCCAUCUUGAAUCAGCUUGACUCGAAGGAGCACAUGACUAUCGAAUCCAUGAAGGAGAUGGAACCUGCUGAGAUUGGAGCACUGGUUCAUAAUCAUGGCGCCGGCAAGACGAUUGCUAGCAUUCUCAGGAACUUCCCCACCGUCCAUGUCGAGGCCGAAAUCGCACCCUUGAACCGCGACGUCUUGCGGAUCAAGCUCUACGUCAUUCCCGACUUCCAGUGGAAAGACCACAUCCACGGCACAUCUGAGUCUUUCUAUAUUUGGGUCGAAAACUCGGAGACGUCCGAAAUCUACCACCACGAAUACUUUAUCCUCAACCGCCGGAAGCUGCAUGAUGAUCACGAACUCAACUUUACGAUUCCUUUAUCAGACCCCUUGCCUACGCAGAUUUACGUCAGAGCUGUCUCUGAUAGAUGGCUCGGCGCCGAGACAGUCACCCCAGUCUCCUUCCAGCAUCUUAUUCGACCUGACACGGAAAGUGUGUACACGGACCUGCUAGAUCUACAGCCCCUUCCACUUUCCGCUCUCAAGAAUCCGCCACUGGAAGAGUUGUACGCAAAGCGCUUCCAAUUCUUCAACCCCAUGCAGACACAAAUCUUCCACACCCUCUACCACACGGCAGCAAAUGUGCUUCUCGGCUCGCCAACCGGGUCCGGAAAGACUGUUGCGGCAGAGCUGGCGAUGUGGUGGGCGUUCCGCGAGCGACCUGGGUCCAAGGUUGUGUACAUUGCACCCAUGAAGGCUCUCGUUCGCGAGCGUGUCAAAGACUGGGGCUCGCGCCUUGCUGGACCUCUUGGGUUGAAGCUCGUUGAGUUGACUGGCGACAAUACGCCGGAUACUCGCACCAUCAAGGAUGCAGACAUUAUCAUCACCACGCCUGAGAAAUGGGACGGUAUUUCGCGUUCUUGGCAAACCAGAGGCUACGUCAGACAGGUAAGUCUGGUCAUCAUUGACGAGAUUCAUCUGCUCGCGGGCGAUCGUGGUCCUAUUCUGGAGAUCAUCGUUUCGCGCAUGAAUUACAUUGCCGAGAUGACCAAGAGCGCGGUUCGACUUCUCGGAAUGUCUACUGCGUGUGCCAAUGCCAGCGACCUGGCCAACUGGCUCGGUGUCAAGGAGGGCCUGUUCAAUUUUAGACACUCUGUGCGUCCGGUUCCGCUGGAGCUCUACAUUGACGGGUUCCCCGAGGUCCGAGGAUUCUGUCCUCUCAUGCAGUCGAUGAACCGGCCGACAUUCCUCGCCAUCAAGAACCACAGUCCUGAGAAACCCGUCAUUGUCUUUGUCGCUUCGCGUCGACAGACUCGACUGACUGCCAAGGAUCUUAUCAACUUUUGUGGCAUGGAGGAAGACCCCCGUCGCUUCCUGCGCAUGGACGAGGAGGACCUGCAACUCAAUCUUUCCCGCGUCAAGGAUGAUGCUCUGAAGGAGGCUAUCAACUUUGGCAUUGGUCUGCAUCACGCUGGUCUUGUUGAAUCCGAUCGUCAGCUGUCGGAGGAGCUGUUCCUGAACAACAAGAUCCAGAUCCUUGUCGCCACCAGUACUCUUGCCUGGGGUGUCAAUUUGCCUGCUCAUCUUGUCGUUGUCAAAGGCACGCAGUUUUACGAUGCAAAGAUUGAAGGCUACAGAGACAUGGAUCUCACCGAUGUUCUGCAGAUGCUUGGCCGUGCCGGCCGUCCCCAAUUCGACAACUCGGGUGUCGCCCGCAUCUUCACCCAAGAUUCCAAGAAGGACUUUUACAAGCACUUUUUGCAUACCGGUUUCCCUGUGGAGUCAUCGCUGCACACGGUGCUUGAUAACCAUUUAGGCGCCGAGGUUUCUGCCGAGACCAUUUUGACCAAACAGGAUGCGCUGGACUACCUGACGUGGACGUUCUUCUUCCGCCGCCUGCACAAGAAUCCUUCCUACUAUGGACUGGAGAUCUCGGCCGAAGAGCACAGCACCAUUGCUGCACAGCAAGUGGCCAACGAGUACAUGGUUGAGAUGGUGAACAACUCGCUCGAUGAGCUUGCCAAGUCCAAGUGCGUUGAGGUCUUUCCAAACGGCGACGUGGACUCUACGCCGCUGGGCAAGAUUAUGAGUUACUACUACCUCUCGCACAAGACGAUCCGCCAUCUGAGCCGUCACGCCAAGGCAAAUGCCACCUUUUUGGAGGUGCUGUCAUGGAUGUCACGAGCAACUGAAUAUGACGAGCUUCCGGUGCGCCACAACGAGGAUCGGGUCAACGAAACUCUGUCUGACAAUUUACCAUUCCCGGGUCACUCGUUCGGUCUGCCCAUGUGGGAUCCCCAUGUGAAGGCGUUCCUUUUGCUGCAAGCGCACAUGUCACGAAUUGAUUUGCCCAUUACGGAUUACGUCGGUGACCAGACCAGCGUGCUUGACCAAGCCAUUCGCAUCAUCCAGGCUUCCAUCGACGUGCUCACCGAGAUGGGCCACCUAUCGAGUUGUCUGCGAAUGAUGAGUCUGCUCCAAUCAGUCAAGUGCGCCCGUUGGCCGACUGAUCCGCCGGUGUGCAUCCUCCCCGGCCUGGAGCCAGAGUCUACCAAGAAGGAAACGCUGUCGCUCAAGGAGCUGAGCGCGUACAGCCCGCAACAGGUGUCGCAGCUCGCCAAGCGCCUCAGAGUGCCCGCCCACAUCCAGCCCCGUCUCGUCAGGGCGGCCUCCAUCCUGCCGAACGUAGCCGUCUCCAUCGAGGCCACGACGGCGCUGUCGGUCACGGUGGGCAUCAAGCGCCUGAACGCGCUCGUGGAGCGGGAGGCACGCAUCUACGCGCCGAAGCUGCCGAAGCCGCAGUCGGAAGGGUGGUUCGUGAUGGUGGCUGACGCCGCCAAGGACGAGGUCAUCGCCGUGAAGCGCGUGGGAUGGUGGGCGGGGGCGUCUUCUCGUGGGGGCGGCCCGCGCAAGGUCGAGGCGAAGACGAAGCCCACGGCGCGGGGCACGAUCAAGCUGCCGCAGGCCGCCGGGGAGCGGAAACUGGACGUCAUCGUGGUGAGCGACGCAUACAUUGGGUUGGAGCACCGCAUCGAAGGGGUCGAGAUCCCGGCGGCGCCCGUGGUGGACGAUGACGUCGAUUCGAAGAAGAAGAAGAAGAAGGCGGCGGCGGAGGGUGGUGGUGCUGGAAGCGCGUGA